AUGCCAAGCUCAGCAGCCUCUAUGAUACGGUACACCCACGCCCGUCAGCCGCCGACCACUAACAUCGUCAAAUACCACUUCCCCAAGCAUCUACUCCCAUGCUUUCGGACCGCCACCCUCCCGACCAUCAUGUCUCUCGCCUAUCGGGCGGCCAGUGCCGAGGGACAAUAUCCUAAGGCCAUCCUAAUCAGAUCCUCCAUCCACCUCACGCGGUACCAAAAAAGGGGCCGCACCAAACAGCUCCGGAACACCUGGCACAUGACGAUCUGCUACAAGAACACGACCCACCUGGCCAAGGGCUCGCACAUGACGGCGCAUGUCUACGUGAAGAACAAGCAUCACCCGGUGUUCCUGCGCGCCAAUUACGCCGCCGAGAAACCGGAUACGGCGAAGGAGGCGUCGGGGCGGCCAGUCUGGGGAUCCGUGGAGAGCUCGCGGUAUCUGACGCGCGAAGUCGCGUAUGGGUACCUGCCACAGCAACGGGAGCUGGGGCUGUCGGGGGGGUGUGGCUGGGCGUAUGCAUCUCGUGAGAAGAGGCAGCCUUGGCAAGGGCGAGGAGGGCUGAUUCGUUUUGUCCUGGUCCGCGAAAAGGAGGAUCUCAAAGAAUAG